GCUGAAGUCAGGGGUAGUGUCAGCACCUCCUCAGCACUCCCCCCUCUGCCGUCUGACCCCCGUGAUCUGCCUCCCCCUGUGGUUCCCCUGUGUUCUAAUGUCCCAGGAUAUGAACUUGAUCUUGAUGUGGAAAUUUGUUGAGGGGUGAUUUCAACCUCCUCCUCCUCCUCCUUCCUCUUCCUCCGCCUCCUCCUUCCUCUUCCUCCUCCUUCCUCUUCCACCUCCUCCUCCUCCUCAGGAUUGCAAUGGAGGACACAUGAGAAGGAUUUUUGGAGGCCAUGGAAACUACAGGCUGAUGGUGUGGUCGGUGAUGGUGGGCGGGCAGUCACCCCAUCCGUCGCAGCCGUAGUCGCCUCCGCCGCCUCAUUGGCCGCAAGGAUGCCGCGCGUGUCCCUCCGCCGCGGGCUGCUGUACCUGUCCGCGGCCACCACGUGCUCCCUGCUGGUGGUGACGGUGCACCAGCCCGGCGCCGCGUGGCUCAGCCCCGCCCAGCCGCCCUCGCCGCUCACGCUGCCCAGGGCUCCGCACCUCGACCACCCCGUGCUGGAGCUGGACGAGUCGGCCGACGGCAAGCCCAGCGGGGACGGCGGCGACGGGGACCGAGGCCUGCAGAGUGUCCUGGGGGCCCUGCCACCGGUGCCUCGGCCGCGCCCCCUACCUAACGUCAGCCUGAGCACCCUGCCGCCGCCCCUGCGCCCCUGGUACCUUGCCGGGGGGCUCCUCAGACCCGAGACCCCUCCCGAGGGUGACCAGUGGGCCCGCACCGCCGCGCUGUGGCCCAGCGAGGACUCCGGGGACCGCAUCGUGGACCAGCUCAUGUUCAGGCCGCCGCCGCCGCCGCAGCUCGAGGACCACCCGGACCCCGCGGCGUCAGACCGCGCGCCGCCGCCGGUGAAGAAGAUCCUCAUGUACAACGGCAUGAACUCCUGGGGCCUGAAGGCGGGGCGCGGCCAGUUCCUCAAGCUGCGCUGCCCCGUGGACACCUGCGUGCUGACCGGCAGCCGCGCGGAGCUCGCCAGCGCGGACGCCAUCCUCUUCAAGGACCACUUCUCGAUGCCGCCGCACGCGCGCGACCCUCGGCAGGUGUGGGUCAUGUUCAUGCUGGAGUGCCCGCUGCACACGCAGCACUUCACCAACCGAGACGUCUUCAACUGGACGGCCACGUACCGCCACGACUCGGACAUCGUGGCGCCCUACGAGAAGUGGGUCUACUACGACGGCGGCGUGAGGCAGCGGCCGCAGGAGGUGAGCUACGCGGCCAACAAGACCAAGCAGGUGGCGUGGUUCGUCUCGAACUGCGGCGCGCGGAACAACCGCCUGCAGUACGCCAAGGAGCUCGCCAAGUACAUCGGCGUGGACAUCUUCGGCGCCUGCGGCACCAAGCGAUGCCCGAGGUCCAACUCGGCGCGGUGCUUCGAGAUGCUGAACAAGGACUACAAGUUCUACCUCGCCUUCGAGAACUCCAACUGUAGAGACUACAUCACGGAGAAGUUCUUCGUCAACGGACUGAGGGGACUCCCGAAUCAGGAAAGCCACCACAUCCUGCCUAUCGUGAUGGGCGCGCACCCCGAGGACUACGCCCGCCAGGCCCCUGAGAAGUCCUACAUUCACGUGGACGACUUUGAGUCCCCGAAGGACCUGGCGGACUACCUGCACCUCCUGGACCAGAACGACGACCUCUAUAACGAGUACUUCAGGUGGAAGGGCACGGGUGAGUUCAUCAACACCUACUUCAUGUGCCGCCUCUGCUCCAUGCUCCAUGACGAAGGCCACCGCCAGCACUACGAGGACAUCAAUCACUGGUGGCGCGGCGCUGGGACCUGCAUCAACGGAUCGUGGCGGAAGUACGACAGGUUCAAAGUCGACGCCGAGAAGAAGAAGACGCAGUCAGGGAGCGGAUAGGUGGCGGAAGAGUGGAUCUAGGCACUCCAUGCGAUAUAUAUUGACUUUAAAUGUGGGUUUUAUGUGUGUUAAGACUUGUAUGUGGACUUGAGGUUCUAGGAAGGUUCGUAGUCAUUCCAAACACUGCUGUACGGAGGCCCUAAGUGUGUGUGUGUUCAUCGGUGCGUUUUUGUGGGUUUUGGAGGUUCCCGAGGGUGCGUUUGCGGGAAAGUGCGAGAGAGGAGACGAGAAGAAGGAUGGAGAGGGAUUGAACGAGUGAGUGUGUGUGGAAAAGUGUGAUAAUUAGAGAGAAAAAAGAUGAUUUGAAAAUGUCCCGGAAAUUAAAGAGAAAAAAAUGAAAAAGAAUUGAAAGUUUGAGAAAAAGAAGAAGAAGAAGAAUUGAAAGUCUGAGAGGAAGAAGGAAAAAAGAAGAAUGAUAAAUAUGAUGUAGAGAAAGAAGAAAAAAGAAGAUUUGAAAAUGUCCUGGAAACUAAAGAGAAAAAAAUGAAAAGGAAUUGAAAGUUUGAGAAGAAGGAGAAGAUUUGAAAGUGUGAGAGGAAUGAAGAGAAGAAGAAGAAGAAGAAUGAUAAAUAUGACAUAGAGAAAGAAAAAGAAAGAAGAAUUACAAGCAUGCCAGAACUAAAGAAGAAAAGAAAGAGGAAAAGAAUUAAAACUACAAGCAAAUCAGAAAAGAAACUUAAAGAAGAAAAAGAAUGAAUUGAAAAAGAGAUCGUUUGUUGGAAAAUACAAGAGAAUUAUAGAAAAAAAUUAAGGUGAAUUUUAAUGAAAGAGAAAUUACCUUAAAACCAUUGAAGAACAGGGCCCUUAAGGGGAACACAAGCCUGUUAUAUUAGUAAGAAAAAGCCUUCGUAAUAUAUGAAAGCAUGGGACAUUUUUAGCUCAGAGAAAGAGUAUAUACAGGCACCUUUAGAGCAUUGAAAUACAGGGCCCUUAAG